GUCAACAACUCAGCUGUUGAAGCCAGCAAGGAAGACUGGAGCGGCGGGAGGAAAGAUAUCGGUCCCUUUAAGGGAGGGACUGCAAGUUCUCCGGAUUUCAUUUAUUAUCUCUAGAUAAUAUUUGUAGGGGUUCUGUUCACGUUUACUUGUAUUUAACAAUCAUAUCGGUCGGAUAGCUACUGAAGCAUAUCUUUAAAAUAACUGUGCGUAAUCGCAAGAGAAAGGCGAAAAUGGAGUUAGAGGACGGAGUUGUGUACCAGGACGACCCGGGAACGUCUGCUAUGAUGUCGGAGAGGGUAUCGGGCCUGGCCAGCUCCAUCUACCGCGAGUUCGAGAGGCUGAUCGGGAAAUAUGACGAGGACGUGGUGAAGGAGCUUAUGCCGCUUGUCGUGGCGGUGCUGGAGAACUUGGACUCUGUCUUCGCCGAGAACCAGGAGCACGAAGUGGAGCUGGAGCUUCUUAAGGAGGACAACGAGCAGCUCAUGACUCAAUACGAGCGGGAGAAAGCGCUGAGGAAACACGCCGAAGAGAAGUUCAUCGAGUUUGAGGACAGUCAGGAGCAGGAGAAGAAGGACCUACAGAGCCGCGUGGAGACUCUGGAAUCGCAGGCCCGACAGCUGGAGCUCAAAACCAAGAACUAUGCAGACCAGAUUGGCAGGUUGGAAGAGCGAGAAGCAGAACUCAAGAAGGAGUAUAACUCUCUUCACCAGAGACACACAGAGAUGAUUCACAACUACAUGGAGCACUUGGAGCGCACUAAACUCCAGCAGCUGGCGGGAGGAGACGCCGCUGAAACUGGGACGCUGGGAAGAAUUCGGAAGGAGCGGCCUGUGUCCUUGGGGCUGUUCUCGCUUCCUGGGGGGGACGCUGUCCACACGCCCGAGCUCCACAGAGAGACCGUAGAAACCCCAGGGUCAGACACCUGGAGAUACAACGUCAUCAGCCACCCACGCUCCAACACCAGCCUCAAGCAGUUGGAGGCGGAAGAUUCUCUCAGAAAAAGGGAGGGUAAGAGUUCACAGGAGUCUUGGGGGAAUUCGCUGGCUGACGAAAGCAAGGAUGAGCUCUCCGACGCCAGCCAGGGCGCCUCCAAGUCCGCCACCCCCGUGUCGGCCGCCGGCUCGGACGUGGCGGCGCCCUCCGCGGGCACGCCGCAGAAAGGGCAGGCGGAGGGGCCGAACAGGAACCUGAACACCAGCAGCAGGAAGCCGGACAGCAGCAAGAACACUGAGGUGCAGGCAGCCCCAGGCACAAGUUCUGUCUCUACAGGUUUACCUGAAAAUGCACAGAAGUCUGAGGUGCAGGCCAUUAUUGAGUCUACUCCUGAGCUGGACAUGGAUCUGAGUGGCUGUAAAGGAUCCAGCACUCCCACAAAAGGGAUUGAGAACUUGGCAUUUGACCGCAACACAGAAUCUCUCUUUGAAGAACUGUCCUCUGCUGGCACAGACCUUAUAGGAGAUGUAGAUGAAGGAGCUGACUUGUUGGUGGAGUAUUCUGGUAUGGGCCGUGAAGUGGAGCAUCUUAUCCAGGAGAACACACAGCUCCUGGAAACGAAAAAUGCCCUGAACGUGGUGAAGAACGAUCUGAUCGCCCGGCUGGAUGAGCUCUCCUGUGAGAAGGAGGUGCUGCAAGGCGAGCUGGACGUGGUGAAGCAGACCAAGAGCAAGCUGGAGGAGAAGAACAAAGAGCUGGAAGAGGAGCUCAAGAAGGUGCGGGCUGAGGUGGAGGAAGCAAAGCAGAAGUCUAAAGACGAAGAUGAUAGUGACGUCCCCACAGCGCAGAGGAAGAGAUUCACGCGGGUGGAGAUGGCCCGGGUCCUGAUGGAGCGAAACCAGUACAAGGAGAGGCUGAUGGAGCUGCAGGAGGCCGUCAGGUGGACAGAGAUGAUCCGGGCGUCGCGGGAGAAUCCAGCCCUUUCUGAGAAGAAGAAGUCUAGUAUUUGGCAGUUGAUUUUCAGCCGGCUCUUUAGCUCCUCCAGCAACGCCGCCAAGAAGCCGGAGGCCCCCGUCAACGUCAAGUACAACGCGCCGACCUCCCACAUCGUCCCGUCUGUGAAGAAGAGAAGCAGCACUUUAUCUCAGCUCCCCAGCGACAAAUCAAAAGCAUUCGACUUUCUCAACGAGGAAGUGGACUCAGGAAACUUGGUGUCGCGCCGAGAGCAGAAGAGAGCACAGUACAGACAGGUGAAGGCGCACGUCCAGAAGGAGGAUGGAAGGAUCCAGGCCUACGGCUGGAGUCUGCCACAGAAAUACAAGGUUGCCAAUGGUGGGCAGGCAGAGAAUAAGGUGAAGAAUUUACCUGUGCCUGUGUACCUGAGGCCCUUGGAUGAGAAAGAUGCUUCUAUGAAGCUGUGGUGUGCUGCGGGCGUAAACCUGUCCGGGGGAAAGACCCGUGAUGGGGGCUCCAUUGUGGGGGCCAGUGUCUUCUACAAUGACGUGGCUGGAACAGACAGCCACAGGCAGAAGAAGGGCUCUCAGAGCAGCCUGGAUCGGCUCGAACAGGAACUCAAGGAGCAGGAGAAGGAGCUGCGGGAGCAGGAAGAGCUGUCCAGCCUGGUCUGGAUCUGCACCAGCACCCAGUCCACCACCAAAGUCAUCGUCAUUGAUGCUAACCAGCCCGGCAACAUCCUGGAGAACUUCUUUGUGUGCAACUCGCACGUGCUCUGCAUCGCCAGCGUGCCAGGGGCCCGGGAGACGGACUACCCCGCGGGGGAGGAGGUGCCCAAGGAGGCGGAGACGGAGGCGGGGCCAGGCGACGGCUCGUCUCUGACGGGCAGCGUGGCGAGCAACAGCUCGGCCGGCAAUGACGGCGUGCUGGGCGGGAUCACGGUGGUGGGUUGCACCGCGGAGGGAGCCGCCGCCGCCCCCCAGGCCGUGUGCACGGCGGUCAGCGCCCCCGCGGAGCCCAGCGCGCAGACGGGCACAGCCUCGGGCACAGGGGAGCCGGCGGGAGACCCCAGCCCCUCCGAGGACGGGGUCCCCACCGCCGAGGAGGCCACCGAAGCCACCGAGGCCGGCGCCAGUCCCGGGGACGAGGGGGAGGGGCUGGACGUCAACCAGCCGGGCAUCUACACAGAGCACGUCUUCACUGACCCCCUGGGAGUGCAGAACACGCCAGAUACCCCGCCCACUUAUCCCAGGAGCGAGUCUGACCUGGUGAAGGACGGGGUGACCUCCCUCCCGGAGGAGCAGGACCUGAUGAGGGAGGAGGCGCAGAAGAUGAGCAGUGUGCUGCCCACCAUGUGGCUGGGCGCUCAGAACGGAUGUGUGUACGUUCAUUCGUCCGUUGCUCAGUGGAGGAAAUGUCUCCACUCUAUUAAGCUGAAGGACUCCAUUCUGGGCAUUGUUCAUGUGAAAGGGCGAGUGCUGGUGGCCCUGGCAGAUGGAACGCUGGCCAUCUUUCACCGAGGCGUUGAUGGCCAGUGGGACCUGACCAACUACCACCUGCUGGACCUGGGACGCCCGCACCACUCCAUUCGCUGCAUGACGGUGGUGCACGACAAGGUGUGGUGUGGGUACCGGAACAAGAUCUAUGUGGUGCAGCCCAAAGCCAUGAAGAUCGAGAAGUCCUUUGAUGCUCACCCGCGUAAGGAGAGCCAGGUGCGCCAGCUGGCCUGCGUGGGAGACGGCAUCUGGGUGUCCAUUCGGCUGGACUCCACGCUGCGGCUGUUCCACGCCCACACUUACCGGCACUUGCAGGACGUGGACAUCGAGCCUUACGUCAGCAAAAUGCUGGGCACGGGCAAACUGGGCUUCUCUUUCGUGCGGAUCACGGCGCUGAUGGUGUCCUGUAACCGCUUGUGGGUCGGAACCGGGAACGGCGUCAUCAUCUCAAUCCCUCUGACAGAAACUAUGUUUCCUCAGCAGGGGCGUUCUCUGAGACAGCGGGCAAAUAAGGUCACCACAGGCUCUUCGAGUCGACCAGGCAGCGUGAUCCGCGUCUAUGGUGAUGAGAACAGCGAUAAGGUGACGGCAGGCACCUACGUCCCAUUUUGCUCCAUGGCGCAUGCGCAGCUCUGUUUCCACGGACACAGGGACGCAGUCAAGUUCUUCGCCGCCGUCCCAGGCCAGGUCAUCCCUUCUGCGGGCGCCGGAGGGGAAGCCGGGCCCGACAAGCCCAGCGCAGCGUCCUCAGACCCCCCCUCUCAGGAGCUGGCCAAGUCCGUCCUGGUGAUGAGCGGAGGGGAGGGCUACAUCGACUUCAGAAUGGGGGACGAGGGCGGCGAGGCGGAGGAGCUGGACGAGCCCACGCUGAAGCUGCAGCCCUUCCUGGCCAAAGCCGAGCGCAGCCACCUGAUCGUGUGGCAGGUCCUGUGUGGGGAGGAGUGAGGAGUGAGGGGCCCCCUGGGCCGGGCGGAGGAGGACCCGCACAGACCAGAGAAACGCGCUCUCACACAGACUCCUGCACGAGUUUUUGCUUUUUUGUCUUUGAUUUCAGUAUUUUUUUUCCCUAUUUGAAUGAUAAUAGCUAUCAUGUUAUGUUGGUAUUGUUAUUGCUGUUUAUAAAAUAAUUUGUCUUUUAGUUCUCUUAUUUUCUCCUUCAUUAAUUUUUAUUUUUUACCUUUUUUUGCGCCUGUGGGAUUGAUAGAUAUUUUUCAUUAUGUACCCGGUUUGCACACUCGUACCUGGAGGAGUGGUGUAAGUAUGCUGUGCAGUCACUGCAGCCUGAGGGUGUGCCCGCAUUAACCCUCCUGCUGUUUCUGCAGUCCUAACAGGGCAGUAUCUGCAGGCUUUAAUCCCAGUGAGGCUUUGAACAUCCCUUCAGCUGAAGGCUAUCCUGACUGGAGCGCUUUCAUCUCCCCUUCCACUUCCCAGAGGGCCCUGGGUCCUCCAGGACCCAUUGAGCAGCCUUGCUGCGUGAUGAUACUGUACUGAGGGUGUAGUCUGAACUGGCCAUUUCUAAUGCAAAGUCUGGACAAAUCUUUAGCAGGAUUUGUUGUCAUUUGAUUUAAGGAAAUAAAUAACAAAAGGCACCUUACUGUGGUUUUAUAAAGUAUGGCAGGAUAGGAUGAUAGAAUGUGUGUCCCCUGUGUGAUUUCAUUUUUUCCCCACCUUUCUUCCAAGAAAUGGUUUUGGACUGUGUGCAAGACGUUUUACGGCUCGCUGUUCUGUGGAGCUGUCCAUGUGUCCACUGUGCAAGUGCAAGUUGAAAUCUCACCCUUUUAAAAUGCCUACUUCAUCAUUUGUAGUACCUACAGCGGUGCUGGCGAUGUAUGCACAGUCCAGCACCCUCUUAAGGAGUAGAUUCAAAUAGCUAAGCCUGAGUUUUAGGUGAAAGUAUGCCUGCAUGGUGAAUUUCUUUUCUAGUUCCUGAGCUGCUGUCUUACGGUUGGCCGUCUCCCCUUAGGUCUUCCUUACUACGUGCUAGAGCUAGCAGACACUUUAAAAGCGACUUGGGCUGCCUUAGUUUCACAAGUACACAGUUUUGCUAUAAUGUGCUAACUGUUCCAAGAAACAAUUUUUUUUAAUUUACAUUGAUGUAUGACAGAUUAUUUAUUUAUGUGUAUUACACAAUUACCAAAGGAAAAAAAUGACAAGAAAAAAAGAACAAAAAAAACAGCCUCACUAGUUACCUUUUAACACACCGCCUUUUCGCGGUGUUUCUGGCCCUACAGCUUAAGAGUUACAGACAGUUAUGUAGAGAGUGCUUCACUAGUUGUUGUCAUGAUUACUAAACAAAUAUAUUUAUAAGUCUUCAUCUCUACAAAUCAAUGGAAAAUAUCUGCUUGCCAGGGAUACAAAAGAACGUAGCAAACUACGCUGCACCUCAGAUUUUUUACACUUCUAGUGAAUGUUUUCAUUAAUGAAAGCAGUUCCUCUGAUUUAAUGUGUUGAUAUUGAUGCAUUCUGAAACUUUUAAGCCUAUUUUUUAUGGUCUGUAAUUUUUUGUACGUUUUGUCUUUUAGACUCUUUAAUCUUUGUUUUACUGGCCUCUGUAACUUGAAAGCAGAACUCGCUGACGUUGAACUAGUGUUUGUGCUGAAAAACUGUGGGGCGGGGGCGGGGGGGGGGGGCUUCAUGUUUUUUCUCCAGGAGAAAAAAACUUCAUAUCGCAGUGUAGCCAUUUCAGUAUUUAUUUCUAUGAAUGAGCCUUUGUGGUUCAGAAUGUAACUUUGUACAUGAAAAAAAUAUAUAUCUAUAAAUAUGUAUAUGAAACAUAAGUGGCUGGGGUUUUAUUGUUUUGAAGGUGAGAAGUAUUAUGAUGACAAUGAGAAUGAUGAUUUUGAAACGACACACUAAUUUACUAAGCUAUGCACAUUUUUGAAAAAUUACAGCAGUGUAUUGUGUUUCAAAUCCAUCAGUAACUGCCCCCAUGUGAGGGUGGGAGGAGCUGUGCCGGGGGCACAUUCCUUAUGCCCCGUGAGAUGUCCUGCUCUGGGGCUAACGGGCCUGGCCUGCAGGAGGGGCAGUUUCCACUAUCUUGUUGCCAUGACUGCGGUUUCUCCUAGUAGCUGUGCGCUUCUACCAGCAUCUUAGCCUUAUUUUUUUAACAAUCUAUUAAACUGACUUUCAUGGGGAA